CAGCCUCACAAGCGUGUUGGAGCAGGGAAAUCUUAGCGGCAGUCAAUGGUCUAAUCGCUGAUCAGUGGCCUUGACGUUGUUAGUAGAAUGAAACUCAUUACUAGACUAGCCGUCCCAGUCGAAGCGUGCCAGGAUUUCCAAGCUGGUGGUCGAUCGUGGGCCCCACAAGUGGAAUGUUGACGUCGACGUCAUUCAGGACACACUGAAGAUUUGUGUGUUUGUCCCUCCAACAUGAACUUGUCGUCCCGCAUGCAACACCGUCCUCGCCUCGCUUCAACAAACAUACGUACCCCUGCAUUAUACUCUAGAGCCUCGCGAUGGUGACAACGCGUCGCGGCGCCGAAACAUGGGCAGAGGCAGCGCCCUCUACGCGCGCCAGCGCAGCCUCUACGCGGCCACGAUCAUCGCCAUACGUGCCCACGCCCCUCGAGCAGAUCGGUCUGGCCAUAUUCCCGGCGACCCUUAUCUUUGGCACCAUCUUCUCGGUCCUGUCACCGCAGACGCGCUCUGCGCCGUACGACCACGUCACGCAAUCCCACGCGCAGGACCCAACCAUGGCCCCUAGCUACUUUGCGCGCAAGUCGAAUCUCUUCAACGUCCUUUUUGUGAAGCAGGGGUGGGGCUGGAUGAGCCUGGCCUUUAUCCUCUUUGUCCUGCUGCACCCGUCGCUGAGCACCCAGGUGCGCAGGCUCCAGGCGUGCGUGCGCUGGGUCCUGGUCACGGCGUGCUGGUUCUUUGUCACCCAGUGGUUCUUCGGUCCGCCCAUCAUCGACCGCGGUUUCAGGUGGACCGGCGGUCGAUGCGAGCUCGCGGAGAUGGAGGUGGAGAUGGGCGACACGAGCGUGGGCGAAAAGGUCACGGCGGUGGCUUGCAAGGCGGCUGGAGGCAAGUGGAAGGGCGGGCAUGAUAUCUCGGGGCACGUCUUCCUGCUCGUCCUGAGCACGGCGUUCUUGAUGGAGGAGGUUGGCUGGGCCGUCCUCAGGUGGGCCAACUGGAGAGAGGAUGAGAGGACCGUCGUCAUGGCCGAUGGCGCGACAAAGAGCGCCAACGUCGAGGCUGGGGUUGCCGCUGGUGCGGGGCGAGCGCAGAGCUGGUUUGGCCUUUCUGGCAAGAUCACGGGUGUUGUCGUCGGCUUGAAUCUCUGGAUGCUGCUCAUGACUGCUAUAUACUUCCACACCUGGUUUGAGAAGCUCACGGGUCUCUUGACAGCGACUGUUGGCUUCUAUGUUGUGUACAUUGUGCCUCGUUUCAUUCCCGCGGUCAGAGGUGUUGUUGGCAUGCCGGGGAUAUGAGUACAUGUCCGCAGCAGGGCUUGUUUGAAUAUAUUCACUCCACUACCAUUUGCUAAUAUGGUGCUUGGCAUUUCGAAAUGCCCUUUCUUGGUGCAGCCACUUGUGGUAGUGAGUAUGAACCAAGCCUCGUACAGGCCCGUGUCCAAUCGUGAGCCGACACACUCAGUAUUAUUGAUUUGUGAACAUUUGAGCUGCGAUCAAAA